AUGUUGGAAAACCAAAUAGCUCAACAAGCAAGCUCUUCUAGCAAAGCACAAGGAAAACUUCCAAGUCAACUAGAGAAUCCUAGAGAACAUUGUAAGGUAGUGAUCCUAAGGAGUGGGAAAAUUGUGGGAGAAGGAAACAAAGAUGAGGUAGAAGAGAAAAAGAAGAAAGAAGAUGAAGACAAGAAUGAAUCUACUUCAAAUUAUGAUGAAGUUAAUGAGAAAGUAAACAAGAAGAAGGAAGUUGAAAAAGAAGAAGAGGAAAAGUAUGUGCCUCUACCAGCAUACAAGCCACCAUUGCCAUAUCCUCAGAGGUUUCAGAAAGCAAAGUUAGAUAAGCAAUUUGAGAAAUUUUCAGAAGUUUUGAAGAAAUUAUACAUUAACAUUCCAUUUAUAGAUUUAAUUUCUCAAAUGCCCUCAUAUGCUAAGUUCCUGAAAGAAAUUUUGACAAACAAAACGAGACUAGAAGAUUAUGAAACUAUGGCAUUAACAGAGGAAUGUAGUGCUCUCUUACAGAAUAAGCUCCCACCGAAGUUGAAAAAUCCAAGAAGUUUCUCUAUUCCUUGUCAUAUUGGGGACACUAGCAUUGAUAAAGCAUUAUGUGAUCUUGGAGCUGGUGCAAGUUUGAUGCCACUCUUCAUUUGUGAAAAGUUGAAGGUUGGAGAAUUGAAGCCAAUAACCAUUUCUUUGCAAUUGGCUAAUAGAUCUAUCAAAUAUCCAAUGAGAAUUUUGGAGAAUGUGCCAUUGAAGGUUGGAAAAUUUUUCAUUCCUGUGGAUUUUAUGGUUCUUGAAAUGGAAGAGGAUAUUCACAUACGUAUCAUUUUAGGGAGGCCAUUUUUAGCCACAGAAGGGGCUAUAAUUGAUGUGAAGAAUAGUAGGUUAACAUUAAAAGUUGGAGAAGAGGAGGUGGAAUUUAAUUUCAAUCAAGCUUUGAAGAAACAUCAUGAAGUUGACCCUUGUUUAAAGGUGGAUGUUAUUGAUGAGAUUGUGGAAGAAGAAUUUAGGAAAAGAUAUCCUGAGGACCCUUUGGAGAAUUGUUUGGUACAUAGUAAAACAACAAAGGAUGAAAAUCCUAAAGUUGUAGCUUUUGCUCAAAUUUGA